AUGGCCUUCUUUUCCUCCUCAAGUUUCUUUGCCAUUGCUGCCUGUGCAGCUUCUCCGCUUCCACCGUCAGACGGCAUCUUUCGAAGCAACUCGACAAACCCAUCCUCAUCAAUGCACUUGAUCUUCUUCUCCUUGAUUACCUUCACUUUUUUAGGUCCAGCAUCAUGUCCAAUGACAACCAGGCUGGUCUUUCCACUGAUAGACUUGGUCACUUUUGCUCCAUACUUGGAGGCUAUACGAACACACUCGUCUCUGUCGAUUGUUGGCAAGAUUCCCGUGAAGACUACCGUGAGACCAUUCAAACAGUUUGGACGGCCUUCGGGAAGCAAUCUGUCUCCACUUGGGGCCGGCGCAUCAGCCGUACGCGCUUUCAGCUGGAAGAAGCUCAUGUUUUCUGUCUCUGGGUCCACCGUCAGGUACUUUGGGUCAGCAUCUGGAAUUGUCUUCAGAAUAUCUUGUGCAGUAUCUCCCUCGUGA